AUGCGGAUAUUCUUGGAGUUUUCUGGUGGAGCAGAGUUGCUUUUCGGAGGCAAGAGGGAGCAGGAAGUUGACUUGCCAGAUUCAGUUACUACUAUAAAACAUCUCCUUCCCUGGCUACGCGACAACCUUCUCAAAGGACGCCCAGACCUCUUCAUGCAGUCCAAUUCAAUUCGACCUGGCAUUUUAAUCUUGAUCAAUGACACCGAUUGGAGUCUUCAUAACGAAGAAGAAUAUCAACUCAAGGAGAAAGAUAAGAUAUCAUUUGUCUCAACUCUUCAUGGAGGUUAG